AGAGAGAGAGAGAGAAAGAGAUAAACCACACAUUCACUUCUCACCACACACCCACAGACACUGCACACUCAGCGCUGCACCUGCUCCCGCACCGAAAGCCAAGAUGGUCUCCUACUGCUGGAUGACGGCUCUGCUCCUGGCGGUCAUAACUGCAGGCAAUGUCAGCGGCAGCACUUUUUUUGAAGCUACCGAGAGGAACUGCUCUCUGUCGCCACCGCACCUUCCCAGCACGGCAGUGAACACCAGCGUCCGCCUGCAGGAGUUACGCCAGCAGAUGCACUCGUCCAACAUCUCCGCCUACAUCAUCCCAGGCACCGACGCCCACCUGAGCGAGUACAUAUCGCCACGAGACGCCAGGAUGGCCUUCAUGACCGGCUUCACUGGCUCUGCAGGCACCGCCGUGGUCACGCCCGGCAAAGCGGCGCUGUGGACGGACAGUCGCUACUGGGUCCAAGCCCAGAGACAGAUGGACUGCAACUGGGAGCUGCAAAAAGAUGUGUCCAUAAGCAGCAUAGCAGAGUGGCUAAUCUCGGAGAUACCGCAUGGAGGUCAGAUUGGCUUCGAUCCCUUCCUCUUCUCCAUCAAAACGCAGGAAGACUACAGCAUGAGUCUGGAGUCAAGCAAUCGAAGCCUCAAGUCGAUGCCUGGCAACCUGGUAGACCGAGUGUGGAAGGAGGAGAGACCUCCCAUCCCUCCUGACAGCCUCAUCCGCCUGCCGGACAGAGUCAUACAAAGGUCCUGGCAGAUGAAAGUGGAGCAAAUCCGCCAUCAGAUGAAGGAGAAUCCCUAUGAGCCCACUGCUCUUCUGCUGUCAGCGCUGGAUGAAACAGCCUGGCUGUUUAAUAUGCGCGGAAACGACAUCCCGUACAACCCUUUCUUCUACUCCUACACACUGCUGACCCUGGACGAGAUCAGGCUGUUUGUGCACGCGGACAGGCUGUCAGAGGAGUUGAGCGUGUACCUGAACGCCUCGUGCAGCGGGUCGCUCUGCGUCCAGCUCAAGAGCUACGACUCAGUCCUGGAUGACCUGAAGGACUACGUGAGCCAACCGGGGGUCAAAGUGUGGAUCGGCACCGAGUACACAAACUACGCACUUUAUGAGGUCAUCAAACCAGAGGACAAACUAAUGAGCAGCUCCUAUUCUCCCGUGUUGACCACCAAAGCGGUGAAAGAUGAGACGGAGCAGCGCAUCUUAAGGGACGCUCACGUGAGAGAUGCGGUGGCUGUCAUCCAGCUGCUCAUGUGGCUGGAGAAGACGGUGCCAACAGGGAAGGAGACGGAGCUGAGCGCCUCCGCCUACGUCAAUCAUUGUCGCAGCAAACAGAAAGAUAACAGAGGUCCAAGCUUUGAAACAAUCUCUGCAAGUGGACCCAAUGCUGCACUGGCACAUUACAGCCCCACAGUGGAAACAAACAGGAAGCUGACAGCAGAUGAGAUGUACUUAGUGGACUCUGGUGGUCAAUAUCUAGACGGCACCACUGACGUCACCAGGACGGUCCACUGGGGCACGCCCACUGCUAUGCAAAAGGAAGCCUUUACUCGGGUGCUUAUGGGGAAUAUUGAAAUAUCAAGAACCAUAUUUCCUGCGGGAACCAGAGGUGUUAAUAUGGAGAUGCUGGGCCGCAGAGCAUUGUGGGAAGUGGGCCUCAACUACGGCCACGGGACGGGCCACGGUGUCGGGAAUUAUUUCGGAGUUCAUGAGUGGCCAGUUGGUUUCCAGGGCAACAACAUCCCCUUUAGAGAAGGCAUGUUUACAUCUAUAGAACCUGGUUAUUACAAGGAGAAUGACUUUGGCAUCCGCAUCGAAGACGUUGCCGUGGUAGUGCCCGCCCGUACGAAGUACGGCCAUGACUACUUGACCUUUGACACAGUGUCCUUGGUGCCUUAUGACAGGAAGUUGAUUGACACCUCUCUUCUAAGCUCCGUCCAGCUCAAGUGGCUAAACACGUACUACGAGACUAUUCGCAGGCUGCUGGGACCCGAGCUGGACCGGCAGGGUCUCCACGAGGAGGGCCGGUGGAUGUUCAGACAUACCGAACCCUUCAGCGAGUCUGGAUCGUCCUCGUCCGUGUGCUCGUCUUCGCUUACCCUGGUCACUUUAGCCGCAGCUUUGCUCUACAACGUAAUCUGACUUGCAUGCUAACGUCACGACUAUGCAGUCUUCAUGGACAACAAUGAAGCUAGCUACUCCACAGCAGGGAUCAGUUUUGAAAAAAGAUGUUUAAGCAUAUCAAAGCGAUGUAACUUAUUUCAUGUGUUGUCUCGUUUACAGUUAACUUUUAAUAAUAAUAAAUCAUAAUGCAUUA